UCUCUCUCUCUCUCUCUCUCUCUCUCUCAUUCUAGCUUAUAAAUUUUGUUUACAUAAGACCUCUAGGCUUAUGAUCAACAUGGACAAGACCAUGGAUACGCUUUACUUCUUUUGGGGGAUGUUACUGUUCAUGCUUUUGAGUCUUGGCUCUAUCAAAGCAGCUCAAGAAGGGGCUCUCAUCACCUAUCUACCUGGUUUCAUUGGCAAUUUCCCAUCAAAACACUACUCAGGGUAUGUGAGUGUAGGUGAGAAAAAUCUUUUCUAUUACUUGGUUGUUUCUGAGAGAAAUCCAUCCAAAGAUCCUGUCGUCUUGUGGCUAAAUGGUGGACCAGGCUGCUCAAGCUUUGAUGGCUUCGUUUAUGAACAUGGGCCAUUCAAUUUUGAAGCAAGGAAGCCGAAAGGAAGUCUGCCCAUAUUGCAUCUCAAUCCAUAUAGCUGGUCCAAGGUUUCAACCAUUAUUUAUUUGGAUUCUCCUGCUGGUGUUGGCUUUUCAUACUCCAAAAAUGAAACUGAAUAUGUAACUGGUGACCUAAAAACUGCCGCAGAUACACAUUCUUUUCUUCUUAAGUGGUUUGGGUUAUAUCCGGAGUUCCUCAGCAAUCCAUUUUACGUUGCUGGAGAGUCUUAUGCUGGCGUUUACGUCCCUACUCUUACUUCUGAAAUACUGAAAGGAAUCAAAGCUGGUGCAAAGCCAACUAUCAAUUUGAAGGGUUACGUCGUGGGGAAUGGGGUCACAGAUGGAAAUUUUGAUGGGGGCAAUGCUCUUCUCCCUUUUGCACAUGGAAUGGGCCUCAUCUCAGAUGAUAUUUAUCAAGAAGCUCGAGCUGCUUGUAAAGGAAAUUAUGAUGAACCAGGCAUUAUUUGCUCUAAAAUCCUUGAUAAAGUUGACAAGGCACUGGAAGGGCUAAACGUUUAUGACAUCCUGGAGCCAUGCUACCAUGACCCAGAAUCAAAACUAAACACAAGCUUACCAAGCAGCUUCCAGCAAUUAGGGAAGACCAAUAACAAGAAUAUUCCGGUGAGAAAGAGAAUUUUCGGACGUGCUUGGCCAUUAUGGGCACCAGUAAAAGACGGCAUUGUACCAUCCUGGCCUGAACUAGCAGUGCAAGGCAGUGUUGGAUGCAUGAAUGAUGAGAUUGCAUCGACAUGGCUAAAUGAUAAAUCGGUUAGGACAGCAAUUCAUGCACAACCGGAAUCCAUAGUGGGAGCUUGGGUGCUAUGCACUCACAGGUUAUUAUAUCGUCAUGAUGCCGGAAGUAUGAUCCCUUACCACAAAACCCUAACAAGACAGGGCUAUCGGGCUCUUAUUUUCAGUGGAGAUCAUGAUAUGUGUGUGCCAUUCACCGGAAGCCAAGCAUGGACAAAAUCACUUGGAUAUAAGAUCAUAGAUGAAUGGAGAUCUUGGAUGUCUAAUGAUCAAAUUGCUGGGUACUUACAAGGGUAUGAGAAUAAUCUUACCUUCCUCACCAUUAAGGGUGCUGGGCAUACGGUCCCUGAAUACAAGCCUCAAGAAGCUUUGGAUUUCUUUUCUCGUUGGUUAAAUGGAAAACCAAUAUGACCUGAGUGACCUACUGCUUGAUUUUUUCUUCUCAGAAUAAUUCAUUCUUAUUAAUGAAAAUUCCAUUUAGUUA